AUGUUAGCAGCUCAAAAAGCAGCAGUCGCCAAAGCUAAGAAGUCUAAAGACAAGGAUGACGACGCUGAUGACAGUGGCAGUUCUGUCAGCAGACAGAAAACUGCGUCUCCUGCUCCAUCUGCUGGUAGCGGACCGGCUAAAACGAAACAAGCUGUAUACUAUUCUCUGCCUUUUGACGAUUCUUUGGCACUUCUAGCUUCCAUUUAUACGAGCACAUCAUCCACUACCACUACUCGCACAAAAGUCGGCGUUGUACAGACACUGGCGUAUUUAUUUAUGAACACACCUAGCACCGUGAUAGAGACCAAGUACGCAAUUAUUUCAAAGGUGUUGCUAGUAGACUUGUUGUCCAAUACUGGCAUUCGCAACAACAAAUAUAAGAGCAUUAUGGCUAAAAACCAUAUCCACUUCCUACUUGAUUCGAUUAUUUCAGAGAAAAUUCUCGGUGAGUUUGGUCAGAUUUCGGCAAUCAAAUUACUUGUCAGUGAUAUUUUACAAAAGUAUUACAAGACCACUACUCCAUCUAGCAGUUUGAAAGAUUCAAAUGAUCCAAUGAAGGAACCACUUGUAGCGACCCUGAAAUGCAUUGCUAGUUUGAUUGACUCGUUAGGACCAGCUGUGGCUGCAGUAGCUGAUCUAUUAGAGGGAAGUUUACUGAAGUUGUUAGUUUAUCCAAGCUAUUCAGUAAAGGUGUCGGCUUGUUUAUGUUUGAAAUCGUUUGUUGAAAAGUCACCUUCGCAUCUGUUACCUUUGCUCAUGUUGGGACUGAAUCACAUAAAUAAGGAGCUGGGAAGUGCUUCACCAACCCAGUCUCCACAACCUGCAGCUGUCGGUGCUAGUAAUGAGCAACCGCAGUCACUCGCCGACAGGGUACUGGGUCAUGCUUACAUGACUUCGGUGCUGUCAGGAAUCACUCAAAAGUACCCACAAUAUUCUUCGCUUGAACUAGCUGCUCGUGUCUUCACCACAGCUACUUCUUUACUAAAAAAAGGUGGUAAUGUGACGACUGUUGCUGUACAAGUUCAAGUUGGUUGGUUAUUGGUAAGCGGUCUGAUGGCUCUGGGUCCAAGCUUUGUCAAGGUUCAUUUAUCACAAUUGCUGCUACUGUGGAAGAACGCUUUACACCGACCAGUUGGAAAAGAACAGCUUGCUGAUACCAAUAACUUGGAACUGAAUUACCUACUUUUGGUGAGGUAUAGUGCGUUGACAUCUAUUUCUUCUUUUUUAAUCCACAAUUCGCAAUUGGUAACCCCAGACAUGGCAAAGAGAAUUGCCACUAUUCUUGAAAACGUACUGUCCUUUUCAUCAUCCAUUCCAUCUAAGAAGCUUGCCGACGAUGACCUAUCACACCGCUUGGACAAAUCGCUUUCGUUAGAAUAUUGUGAUAUGAUGGUAAAGCGACGAGUAUAUCAGUGCUAUAUUAGUUUGAGUCAGUAUGAUCACAUUGACGUAAAGCAAUUUGGCAAUGAGCGGUUCAAUGCAAAUAUUCUUACCAGCGCUCUGUCGACAUUUGCCGACCCUGAACGGAGCAGUUCGGCUGAAAUGAGUACUGCCAUUGCUACUGCUACUGGAGCCAUUGAAUCGAUAUGGGAAGUGGCGGACAACCAUGCAUUUGGACUCACCAGCAAGAUUAACGGUCGCAAUCUGAACGACGUCUUUUUUGGCAUAACCUCGGAUCAGAGUGAACAGAAGUGGUUGUCUGAAUUGGACUGGGCUGCAAAAUUAGAAGUAGAUAUCAGCAAACCAAUCCUCGACUCGCCAGAAUUUGACGCUGACAAGGUUUUGUUAUCUGACAAGACUAUAUUAGGCGUGGCUUUAUCACAAAGCGUGCCUGUUGCCACAUCAAUUGUCGACUUUUCCAUCGAUCUCUUUGUAACGCUGCUUCCAUUACAACUUCCAAAGGUUCAAGAGAGUAUUCUUGAUCAAUUGAGAACGUAUGUAUUGGCAGCGACUGCCACUGGAAGCCAGAAUCGAAAAUCUGGAAGGAAAGAUGCUGUUACUGUAAACUCCAUUGUCGCAGUAUUUUCUGCUCUUCGAUACUCUCUGAACGGAAAAACCUCGUCUGGACAACCACGGCGUGAAGCAUUGAAAGCAACACGUGUGUUGAAGAUUUUCCUUGAUAUUAUCAAGUUCGGGCUGCGAGACGGCAAUUCAGCAAUCAGAAGUGUCGCUGCUCAGGGUCUGGGAAUUCUUUGCUUUAUCGGUUCGUCUACCAUGGCGGCUGAGGUGAUCAAGUCUCUUAUUGAUGAGAUUGUGUCAAAUAGAGACCCCAAUAGUCGAGCCGGAAACUCACUAGCCCUUGGAUAUAUCUUGAAGUACGUGGGAGGAAUGUUUGCUGGAAUUCAUCUCAAAACUAUUUUGGGUGUUCUCAUGUCCUUGGCUAAUGAUCCGCAUCCAACGGUACAUUUCUGGGCUCUCGAGUCGAUUUCAGUUACCAUCGAAAAUACGGGAAUGAGUUUUAUGGGCUAUGCAUCGUCCACCCUGUCAACGCUUAAUAAACUGUAUCUUUUGGAAAGCCAUAGUGACGAGACUAUGUCUGCAGUAUCGAGCAAUUUAGGUGUUGAGUUGCCAACAACAAAAGUAAUUGCAAGAUGUGUGUGUGCUCUGAUUACACUUUUGGGACCAGAUCUCCAGGCGAGCCAAAAGAAUAUGGCAACGGUGCUUGCGCUAAUUCGACUGUUUGAAGUUUCUGAAUACAACAGCGUUGUUUUAGAAUCGUCCCGUUGCAUUCAAGAACUGACUAUCUUUGCUCCUGCCAGUAUUAAUAUAGAGGCAUACACAAGAAGAAUGCACUCUGAUUUGAUGAAAACCGAUAAUGACCUUUUGCGAGAUGUGGCAAUCGAUGGGCUUUAUCAACUUAUUCGGACCCAAGGUAAUCAUAUUUUCCAACUGGCAGGACCUGGUUUGGAUAAGCAUAUAUGGGUGGCUUUUGACCAGAGUCCAGACAACAAACCAUUGCGGAAAUUUAUUGAAUACUGGCUUGAUCAGACUGGUGUGGAUCGCCCGUUUGACUGGAUAUCAAGGGUGCAGGCAAUCUUGACGAAGUCGAGAACCAUGUUUGUUGCUGAGCAAGAUAGAGAGGAUACAAAUCAAGCAGCCACCAAUGCUCUAGAACUAGGUGAUGAGGAAGGAACUUCGUUUACCGUAUCUGACUCUGAUGGAGCCGCUGGUAGUAAUGGUAAGGACGCCUCUUUCGCGAAUGAACCAUUACGUUGGCAAACAAGGGCACUGGCAACUGAGUGUUUACACAAACUGGUACAGCUGCUGCUGAGAGGAAAGUCGCUGCAAGACCGUGAAAAGAGUGUUAUUAUCCCUAGGAUAGGUGACAUUAUCAAAAUUGCCUUUUCAAGCUCUACAGCUUCUGUUCUGGAGCUACGACUACUUGGUUUGGGGCUAUUAGAUGAGAUCCUAGCAGAAUUACAAGAUGUGGUAGAUCCAGAUUUUAGAGAGGCUUCAUUACUGGAGCAGUAUCAAGCGCAAAUCAGCAGUGCGUUGACGCCAGCCUUUUCAGCAGAUAGCUCCCCUGACUUGGCGUAUAGAGCCAUUAAAGUGUGUGCUACAUUCAUUGGUAGCGGAAUCAUCAAGGAUGUCUCACGAAUGGGCCGUAUUUUGAAGUUACUCACAACAGCUUUAGAAACCUGUUCAGGGCCACAGAUUAUGCUCGGUGACUUGAAAGUUCCAAGCCCCAAUUCUCAGGUCAUGUUGCGACUGGCUAUUUUGUCUUUAUGGGCUGAACUUCAGGUGUCCAGUGUAAACCCUGGACAGGAAUAUCUGGUAGAUGUUGUGAAGCCAUAUAUCCCAACUUUACUGCCAUUAUGGAUUCAGGCAUUACGAGACUUCGCACGACUUCGAUUUGAACCAGUACAGUCGACAGGGCUGUCAUCGUCAAGCGGAUCGCUUACUGGUUCGAUUGAUCAAAUGUACUCAUCCUUGUCUCGAUCUAGUAUCUUGCCAACGUAUCAGCAGUCAUGGCUUCAACUCGUCGACGCAAUUGCUUCAUUGAUCGAAGAAGACAGUGAUAACGUGUUCACCAUUCUUCACGAAAAGGAGAAGAUUUCUGAUAACAGUGGUGGAAUCUCUGAUGACAUCAAGUACAGCAGCGAGCCAGCCGCCUUCUUUUUUGUUUUGUUUGGACUGUGUUUCGAAGCCUUGGUGAGACCUACUCAAUCUCUAGGCACAAGCAAUUCCAAGCUGGCAACAACAUCAGACCAGCGUCUAAGAGUACUACUGGCACUGAAACGAAUUCUUCACCGGUCUGUCAGUGGAGUCGCUAUCUACAAAGACGAGAUCCUAGCAGAAACAAUCGAUGUUUUGGAUAGGAUAGUGCUAACUGGAGCACUCGAAGAGCAACGGGCAGUAGUCUCUAUAGCACAUGGUGUAUGUUUGAAUCACCCCGGCCGAGCUAAAAUCACAGCUGGUCCCGAGGAGGAAGAAGAUGAAAUCCCAGAAAGCGUUGACCAGCUUUUUGAGCUGUUUAGAUUGGCCAUGUUGCCCAUCACUACAAUGUUCCCAGCACUAUCCGAUUCCGAAACAGCUCAAGAUAAAUUUGUAGAGACUCCUGUCACUGCUGGCUUCAUUAAAGAUUGUGUGGAGUCUUUGGUGGAUAUGAUACAGGUAUUUCCAAAAGUCAUCAAAGUGGAUCUUUAUGCGUGUUUAUUAUAUGUGUUUGAAAAGCUUCUUGAAGAUGAUAGGUGUCAAAGCCUGGUAAUCCCUGGUCUACUUGUCGUACACAAACGCCUACUACAAAUGAUGAUGAAAACAAGAGAGUCGAGUAUUGACGACGAACAAGUCAUUGACCAGGCCGUCGUCACUGCAUUCUCAAAAAUCAUAAGUUUGUUGAAGAACACCAAAGACACAACUGACGGUGCUUUGGCACGACGACGCAACUGCUUGCUAUCAGCAGUCGUCAUUAUCACCGUCUGUAAAGAUUCACUCCAGUCAGAAACAUCUAGUUUGACCGACCUGGGUGAACUUCUUGCCGAAAACCUAUCUAUUCCCAGCCUAUCGGCCACUGUUUCCAGCUGUGCAAAGACAGUGUUAGUAGCCACCGUGAACACCCGGGCAGGAAAAGUACUUUCAGAAAGCGCAUUCCCUCCUUUGAUUUCUCUUAUCACCAGUGGCCAUGGCUUUGAAGAAGAAGACAAGCCCGCUGAGGUGUACAUAAUUUCGAAGCUUGUCAAUGACGUUCUAGCAGGCUUUGUACUGGCAUUGACUGGUUCACAAGGUAAGUAG